UGACUAUUGCAUGAAUGUUCUGUUUCUGAAACUAGACUACAUCAUAUAUGCUUCACAAUUCUUGAAAAUUAAUUUACCUGUGGUACUCUUAUACUUUUAAACUCUAUUGAUAAGUACCAUGAUAAAAGUAAACUUCAUGUUGGAAUAAAUAGGUACAUUGAUUACACCUUCUUUGAUAGUAUUUUACAUUAAUUUUAUGUAUACUGGGGGUAAAGUGGAACACCGUGCGUGUAUCGAUUGACGGAAUUGUUAGGUUUAUAUGAAGUUUUUUAUGUUUGAUUCAGAUACGAUUGGACUUAUCUACUGAUUUUGCCCUAUGAAACUGGCGCGGUGCACGGCUUGCACCCAACAGAUACCCACCUCCCAGUCGGUGAAGAAAAUUCCGACCAAUUCAAACCCGAAUAAAUGUUUUUCUAAAUACAAUGUGUUUCAUAUUGGUAAAAAAACUAUUAUCUUUGCCAGAAAUUCAGCCAAAAACAAUACUAUUAAGAUGCUAGGUGACAUAGCAGAGAAGAGUGAUUUAAAGUAGAGUUGAAGCUACCUUCCAAACUAACCUUGUUGUAGAGGGUACCGCAUCUUUUCAAUAGAUGGCACUACCUUCAUAUUCUAUCCUAGAAAAAUUACUCUUUGAGUAAAGAAUAACUCAAAUGAGAGUUCACGUUUUCUACAAUAGGGGAGAUAGUUUUACUAUUUAUGACGAGUAUGCGCGCUAGCUUCUCCUAUCGCAGAAGAGGAAGGAUUUUCAGUUCAUCAGUAACACUUGAACCAUUCGAGUGAGACGUGCUGAAAAAAUCGAAAGAUAAAUACUCCGGUGGGUACUUGAAAUUGGAUUUGAAUCGCGGGCCGAAGUGUUAGAAUUUGGAAGACAAUAUGAUUAAUCGUUGAUUGUUUUAUUCAAUGUGCAAUACAGAUAUGAAAUUUGCAACGGACUUCAGUCGUUUGGCUUUAGAAUUUUUUGGCUUUUGGCCUGACACGGAGUAUAGUCAAGCUAGUAAACAUUUAAAACUGAAGUGUAUCAUCACAAUAUUAUUCCUUCUGGGAUUUUUGUAUUUACCCCAAAGUGCUUUGCUCUUAAUGAACAUUGGGGAUUUGAAUUUGGUUAUACAGAUAUUAGCUACUGGAAAAAUUAUAAUCUCCUGUGCCAUAAUAAAGAUAAUAAUUCUACAUAUUAAAAGAGAAGAUUUGAGAAGACUUCUCAAAAGUAUGAAUGAAGAUUUGGUGGAUUACGCCAACGAGGAAAUAAGGGAGAUCAUGUUGAAGAACGCAAUAUUCGUUAGAAAAAUGUGUAUCUCAUACUCCGUUACAAUCUGCAUAACAAUGUUACUUUAUAUAGUAGUCAAAAUAUUUUUUUACUUCGCGAAAAUCUCGGAUAACGACACAUAUCCUGGUCUUGAUUUAUUCGUUCCUAGUUAUUUGCCAAAUUAUCUUUUCAAUAGUCCAAGUUUCGAAUUAAUAUAUGCUGGGCAAAUUGUGGCCAUUAUGAUUGCAAUCAGCGCGUAUUCCAGAAGUGACAGUUUACUUGUGAUGCUGAUAAUGCAUGUUUCUACUCAAUUUACAAUAUUGCGAUCAUCCCUGAAGAAUCUACCUGUCAAAGUUGGUACUACGAGUUCCACAUUUAUGUGCGAACUUGGAGUAAUCGUCCGACGUCACGAGCACCUGAACAGGUUCGCUUCGAAAAUUGAUAACAUCUUCAAUAUGAUUUUACUAUUACAAAUCGUUCUGUGCUCCGUAUUGCUGUGCUUUCAAAGUUUUCACUUUCUUGUGAAAUUGAAAGAUAAGAACGCGGAAUUGUCUAUCAUCGAAUUGGUAUUUCUUUGUUUCUACAUUUGUCCCGUAUUAAUUCAACUGUAUAUUUAUUGUUAUUUCGGUGAAAUGCUUCAAUCCCAGAAUGAGGAGACGAGAAGAACCGCGUACGAGUGUCUUUGGUAUAUCUUGGAUCUAAGAGAUGCAAGAACAAUGAUUAUAAUAAUGGCGCGUACAGUUCGUCCAGUGCAGUUAACUGCUGGGAAAUUCAGCCCCGUCGUAAUGUCGACUUUCACGGCUAUCUUAAAAACAUCAAUGAGUUAUCUCUCAGUGCUAUUAGCUACAAUCAAUGAUCCGAAGGACAAUUAGAAAAUUUCUCAAGAAAUGAUGGUUUAUUCUAAAGUAUUGUACUAGGCGAAGGUAGUUCUACUACUUCACUUUAUGGAAAACUUAAAUGACACCCGCAUAAUUACACGUAUCAUAUGGUACAGCCGUGCACUCUUGUCGGUGGUAAAAUAUUAUGUACAUUAUAUCACCUACCGCAAUCAACAGUACACAUUCACCUGUUAAUCGCCACUCCAAGGGGUCUCAUGUUUUAUUUUAAAACUAAGCAGCUGAUUUUGUCAUAAAUGUCAAAGCGAAAAAACCAUUUGACUAGCAUUGGAUUCGA